UUGAACUCUACCCUACAAUAUGGUAAGAUCAUCACUAUUUCCGCCCCUAUAUCUACAUCUGCAUGGAUAUAACUGACCGGACGAAAGGCGAAACCAAGUCCUCUCAGCUGGACAUUACUGUUCAGAAAGCACAAGACAACUGUGCUGCUCAUGCUACCGCCGAACGAAACUAUUACGUCGGCGAAAACUGAGCUCCUCAAAGCUCUCAACUCGCGUGGGCUAAAGGAAAUUAACGGUGACUCCGUUCCUGAAGAUCCGUCUGAGAUCGAAUUCGGAGUACCCGUGGACAAAAAUGAACUUGAGAAAGGCUGGACGAGACUGGAUGUCGAAGUACCAGGACUAGCAGAAAGCGGCACCAAGAAAAAGAAAAAGAACGGAGGGGAGGUUACCCUACAAGGAGCAGAUAUCAAAGAUGGACAGUCUAUUGCGUUCAGAUUCCGCAAACCUUCUACAGAAGAUGCAGGGAAAGAUCAGCUUGAUCUAGACUUGGAGCUCGAGGAUCCCAGCUGGGACGUCAUCGUUCCUAGCCUCGAUGAUGAGGAGCCGGAGUCUUGAAGGGAACAGACUGCAGUAAGAGAUCCUAUGGGUAUGAGGCACUUCAUGAGGGGUUCAAUAUCUGGUUUAGGUUGGCGUUCAAUGAGGAUUAACUACUGUGGAUAUGGCUGAGAUAAUCAACGUUUGCUAUGAAAAUGUUUGUAUGAUAGUAGAACAAAGCAAAAUCAAGCAUUAUAUUCAUCCAUUCCAGAGCAGACAAGUCAUUCGUUGUCGAGAAUCACACAUCGAAGGACACUAACAAUGUCUUAAGAGGAACUUCCUCUGCUCAGGACCAGAUCCCCAUUAUCGACUAUAUAUUUCAUAGCAUCUUGCUUCUCGCUGAGGACCACCAGAGUAACGUCACA